AUGUGUCACAGCUACGCGCCAGUAGAGCAGAAACAGCCUCUGAUACCAAGUCCUGUCUCCAAUCUGCCAUGGGCAAUGACUGCUUCAGAUAUCUUCGCCUCUGAAGGUCAACAUUACCUGGUACUGGUUGAUUAUUACUCCAAGUUCGUUGGAGUAACUAAACACAAUGACCUUACCUCCCAGGAUACUAUUGAAGCACUGAAUGAACUUUUCAGUCGACAUGGUAUUCGGGCAAAACUGGUGACUGACUGUGGUGUCCAAUACACAAGCAAAGAAUUUGAGACUUUUGCCAAAAACUAUAACUUUAAACAUGUCCUAGUGAGUCCCAAUUAUACUCUUGAAAAUGGAGAAGCAGAAGCAGCGGUAAAAACAGCAGAAUCAACAUGGAGGAAAAACAGAGACAAGAACAAAGGACUUCGAGAGUACAGAGCCACCCCAAUCCAAGGGAUCAACCCGUCUCAGUCUCAACUCUCCAUGGAAUGA